AUGGCCACUCCCCACCUUAACGGCAUCGCCGCGCUUCUGAAGACUUCCCACCGGGACUGGUCUCCCGCCGCUAUCAAGUCGGCGAUCGUAACUACGUCCACCACAGUCAACUCUCGCGGGGAUCCCCUAACAGACGCCAACGGCGGCACCACGGCUGGCUACUUCGCCACCGGUGCGGGCCAAGUGGACCCACCCAGGACGGACGACCCGGGGUUGAUCUACGACCUUAAGGCCAACGACUACAUCACCUACAUGUGCAGUAUCCGCUACACGGACGUGCAGGUGACCGCCGUCUCUCGCCGGGCGGUCAAGCGCGCCGACUUCCCUCGAAGCCUCCCGGCGGGCCUCAACUACCCCACAUUCUCGCUAUCCCUCGGCGCCGGGGGACAGAUCGCCGUUAGCAGAAGCGUCACCAACGUUGGCUGCGCGAGCUCCAUCUACUUGGCGGAGGUCAACGCACCUCCUGGCGUCUCGGUGACAGUGUCGCCUCCCUGCUCACCUUCUCCUCGGUGA